GACGUCACUCGUCCGGAGUGCGGAGUAUGGCAGUGGAUUCAUGAGCUCCGACAGAAGAACACUUCUUCUCCACGAGCUUUGAUAUGGAAACAAUCUGGCUGGAUUAAACUAGUGCUCCGAGAGGUUGAGAAACACUCCUGUGUGUACGGAGUGACACAGCUUCCUCAGGUCCUGCCCAUGAAAGGUUAAGUGCUAUCUGAAGACUUUCCUCAGAAAGAGAGCGCGUGUUGUGUCUGAUGCAAACGGGAACAUUUAGAGCUGGGAUCCCUUCCAAAGCCUCUGGGUGUGUCAGACAAAGUUGAAUGUUUUCAGCUGGGCCUCCUUCAGUCUUUCUUUUCCUCGUUCUGUCCUGUGGAAAGGCUACCCUUCAUCUCGACCUCCACAUCCUCACCUCAGAAGAGUUCAUGGGAAUUUAAGACCUUUUGCUCAUAACUGGAUUUCUACUGAGAUUUGUGAUCAAACAAAUGACGGCGUUCAGGAGGAAUGCCAGCUCUGAAGUCAAGCGCCGGCUCACAGGAAGCUGCUGUGACAUCACCGAACAGCACUGCCACCAAUAUCCUGGCUUCUGUCAAAGAACAGAUGUUUGUUGGGUUGGAGCAGCUCUUCAGUCGCUGGUGUGGAUGUGCUGUGUGUUGACAGGAGGAAUGCCAGCUCUGAAGUCAAGCGCCGGCUCACAGGAAGCUGCUGUGACAUCACCGAACAGCACUGCCACCAAUAUCCUGGCUUCCGUCAAAGAACAGGAGCUGCAGUUUGAGCGCUUGACUCGGGAGUUGGAGGUGGAGCGACAGAUUGUGGCCAAUCAGCUGGAGCGAUGCCGACUGAGUUCAGAUUCACCCGGAGCGGCUAGUGGAGGUUCCUCUGAGACGUCUCUUCCCUGGAGAUCUGCAGGGUCUACCCAGAUGAACUCUUACUCUGAUAGUGGUUAUCAGGAUGCGGUCAGCUACUACAGCGGUCCGGCUCAGAGACUUCAGACCUCACUUCCUGCUUCAGGAGGAAGCUCCACGCUGCAGAGGGGCUCCAGGGCCGAGGGCCAGGCUGCAGGACACCCCCGAACACAGGAGCUACAGGGGUCGGGAAUGAUGGACGGGACUAAACCAGGUCGUGCUAUGCGCCGUGUUGGUUCAAUGCCCGCUCGUGUUCAGCCGCUGUACAGAAGCAGCGUCUCUCCGUCUCGAGGGUCUCUUCGGACCACUGGAAGCUCCUAUGGGUCGCCGAUUACGACUGAACCUAGAGCUCUUUUCACAAGCGCCACACAGAAGGCCUCUCCUUCCCCCCGCUCCAGCUGCACCACCUCACCCUAUUCUGGAGCGGUGGGCUCUGUGAGAGAAGACCAGCACGCAGUACCACAGCAUUAUGGGUCGAUGAUGUCAAGGACGUUUCUGCAUGACGUAUCUAAUCCAUACAUUACACACAGCUAUGAGAUCUACGAGCGGAUAGACCCGCGACCAGACAACUUCACAGGUGUGCGAGCAUCUUAUACAAGUCAACACAGUCAGAUGGGUGCUGAUCUGAGGUCAGCCGCUUCCCCUGACCGCUAUAUAGGACCUAUUUAUGAGGACCGGACGUUUCAGAGACCCCUGUACCACAGCCUCAGCCAGACAGCUGCAGACCUGAACCACAGCCCACAGAGUCCACUCUACAGGUCGCCUUUCGGUAUGAGUAACCUGCAGCGGAGCUCCAGUCAGCGCAGUAACAUGAUGUACCAAAGAAAUAACUAUGCUUUAAACACCAUAUACACAGAAGCAUACCAGUCUACCCCUUACUGGUCCCCUGAUCCCAGCUACACACGCCAGCCCAUGGAUGAUGAUGCUACACGCUCCCCUUCAAUAGACAGCAUGCAGAAGGACCCAAGAGAGUUUGCAUGGCGUGACCCAGACCUACAGGAGGUCAUCCACAUGCUACAGCAUCAGUUUCCGUCUGUGCAGGCUAAUGCAGCGGCAUACCUGCAACACCUGUGCUACAAAGACAACCACGUCAAGACCGAGGUGUGUCGUCUGGGAGGAAUAAAACACCUGGUGGAUUUGUUGGAUCAUAAGGUUCUGGAGGUGCAGCGGUACGCAUGCGGAGCCCUGAGGAACCUCGUUUAUGGCAGAGCUACAGAUGACAACAAGAUUGCCGUGAAAAACGCAGGUGGAGUUCCUGCACUGCUUCGCCUGCUGAGAACAACAGUGGACACUGAAGUACGAGAGCUGGUCACAGGUGUGUUGUGGAACCUGUCUUCGUGUGACGCAGUGAAGAUGACAAUCGUCCGCGAUGCCUUAAGCAGCGUGACCAACACUGUGAUCAUCCCUCACUCGGGCUGGAGCAGCGCUGACUAUCAUCACGAGCACAAGCUCAAGCUGCACUCCUCGGUCGUGCUGCGCAACAGCAGCGGCUGUCUCAGGAACCUGAGUUCAGCUGGAGAAGAAGCCCGCAAAUACAUGCGCUCCUGCGAGGGACUCGUGGACUCACUACUGUACGUCAUCAAAGCUUGUGUCAGCACCUCUGACUUCGACAGCAAGAUUGUGGAAAACUGUGUCUGCAUCCUGAGGAAUCUCUCCUAUCGGCUGGAGCUGGAAAUAUCCCCCUCCGGUCUGACAGCCAAUCAGGAGCUCGAUGGGGUAAUGGGGUCAGAGUCACCCAGAAAAGAGAAGGAGAACAGCUGCUGGGGGAGGAAGAAGAGAAAGAAGAAGAAUAUACCUGAAGAACAGUGGGACGGUGUCGGGCCGAUCCCGGGCUUCUCCAAGUCUCCUAAAGGUGCUGAAAUGCUGUGGCACCCAUCUGUAGUGAAGCCCUAUCUCACCCUGUUAGCUGAGAGCUCAAACCCUGCCACACUAGAGGGCUCGGCCGGGUCACUCCAGAACCUCUCCGCAGGACACUGGAAGUUUGCGGCGUAUAUCCGUGCAGCAGUGCGUAAGGAGAAAGGUUUGCCCAUCCUGGUGGAGUUACUGCGCAUGGAUAACGACCGGGUGGUGUGCUCCAUCGCCACAGCUCUCAGAAACAUGGCCCUGGACGUGAGAAACAAAGAACUGAUCGGGAAAUACGCCAUGCGGGACCUGGUGAACCGUUUACCGGGAGGAAACACCACACAGCUGUCAGACGAUACGGUGGCAGCCAUCUGCUGCACGCUGCAUGAGGUCAGCAGAAGAAACAUGGAGAACGCUAAAGCCCUGGCGGAUGCGGGCGGCAUCGAGAAACUGGUCAACAUCACCAAGGGCAGAGGGGAAAGCCGGUACUCUGUGAAGGUGGUGAAGGCGGCCGCUCAGGUGCUCAACACACUGUGGCAGUACAGAGACCUGCGCACCAUCUACAAGAAGGACGGCUGGAAUCAGAAUCACUUCCUGACUCCUGUCUCGACUCUGGAGAGAGAGCGCUUCAGAUCCGCACCCGCUCUACCGUCGAGCACACUACAGAUGACCCCUGCGCACCACACAGGCAGCACAUUAUCAUCUCCCAUCAUGCACUCUGAUCAUCCCAAGACACAAAAUAAGCAGGUUUAUAAUUACCAAGGAGAAAACGGCAUCAGUAAAAACAGAACUAUAGGGUCUGCUAAAGCCUCUCAGUGUUACUCUUCCCUGAGCAGAGAGGGCUCGAGACGAGAGCAGAAGGCGUAUCGCACGGAUGAAACGGGCCACAGAAACCACGAGACGUACCGCACAUACCUGCAUCCACCGCUCGCCCACGAGGACUCUUAUCUGGAAAACAUGGUGCACUAUUCUCCUGCUGAUUACAGCCAGACACACGGCUUCAGAAACACAAGCAACUACGCAGACUUUUACUCUUCCACCAGGAGACCGUUACACCACAGCGAACAUUACCAGGGAUCCCCCGAUUCAUGGGUGUAACACAGAAACACACCGCUUUAAAGAGAAGAGAGAAGAGGAGGCCAAGCGUAAGAAUGUGAUGGAGAAUGUGUAGCAGGAUGUUGGUUUAAUGGCAGUAAGAAGUGAAUGAUGAACUCUGUGUGUAUGGAGCAGGGGUGUGGAGAAACACAGGCCUGCAGAGUUCAGUUCAGACCCUGCUCCAACACAUAACACGGUGAACACUAACAGACCUAACGGAUCAGGCUGAACCCUGCAGGACUUCACACCCCUGAGGAAAUGAACAAUAAAUAAGUGAAUAAGGAUGAAAUGUAUAUGAAGGAUUUCAGAGGGGAUGUUGUACCUGUCGUUGUUGAGAUCGAUAAUGCUAUGGAGUCUUGUACAUAUCGUUCGUUUAUUUGUAGAUGAUUGAAAAUAGCUGCCACAUGGUUUAUGCUUUCCUACACUGGUAAAACCUAAGUGAAUAAACAUUACAUCAGUUCAGAAUUAAUCAUUCAUUCUUGGGGUUUUUCAUGCUGGUGUUAUUAUGACAGUAUUGUACAUUGGUUUAACAGAACAAAUCCUCAAAGGGCAAACAUCUCCAUGUCCACUUUUCUUUUUUAAUAGAAAAAAAGGAUUUAAAAUGUUUUUUUUUUUUUUACAGUUAUAUUAUAACACUCUUAGAUAUGUCAAUUAGCAACGACAUCUAUAAAAUGUCAGUAUCCAGAAAAACUGUCAUGGAGAUGAGAUCUAGAAGAGGUUUAAAUAAGAGCCCAUACUAGACGAAAUGGCUCAGUAUCACACGCGUAACACUCAUAUUCAUUCACAGUGAAGAUGCACAUUAUAUUUUUGAGAGGUGUCCCUUUACUAAACAUUUUUUUUUUGCUUUCAAAUUUUAAAUAAAUAAAAGAUUUUAUGAAAACCACGUGUUUUUAAAGAAACUCAAACAAUUCAAACAUAUUUUUUCUUAUUUGGAGAAAUCUGUGAUUAUUUAGAUGCAGUUUUUUGUUUGCAUCAGUGAUGUAGUUUUGGUUCCUCUGGUUUGUUUAGUUGGGGUCACUUCAUCUUGAUUGAAAAUGAUUGCACAGACACUAUUUAAACUGAACAGAGAUGAUGACGUCACGGAAUUCAAUGAUGAACUGCCUUUAACUGAAAAGUUAGUUUACUAUUGUCAUUUUGCAUCAUUGACGCACUAAUAUCCUAUUUACUACUGUAACGUGCUUUGACAAGAUCUGUAUGAAAAACAUUUAUAUAAAUAAAGAUGACUUCACUUG